AUGCCAACGAUCGGCGUGAAAAAGUCGGUGAUCGACCGCCAUUUCGGGCGUGUAUAUACCGAAGAAGAGUUCGACAACCUGUGCUUCGAGUAUGGGCUCGAGCUCGACGAGAUUACCUCCGAAAAAGCGGCCGUCGAGAAGGAGCGAGGCGCCGCCGCGGCCGCCAACCUGAGCAACGAGGAGAUCUACAAAAUCGAGAUCCCCGCCAACCGCUACGACUUGCUGUGCAUCGAGGGCUUGGCCCGGGCGAUGAAGGUGUUCAAGGGGGAAAAGCAGCCCCGUUACCAUGUCGACCAGCCGGCCCAGCUGCAUAAGCUGUACGUAAAGAAGGAGGUAGCCGAGGUCCGGCCCUUCGUCGUGGCCGCCAUCCUCAGGGACAUCACCUUUGAUGCCGAUUCCUAUGCCUCGUUCAUCGAUUUGCAGGACAAGCUCCACCAAAAUAUUUGCCGGAAGCGCACGCUGGCAUCGAUGGGCACCCACGAUUUGGAUACGAUUGAAGGACCCUUCACCUACACGGCUGAGGACCCGAAAUCUAUCAACUUUGUCCCGUUGAACCAGACGAAAAGUUACCGCGCCGACGAGCUGUUGAACACCUAUGCUACCGACCCCCUCUACGGCCAUCUGAAGCCGUACGUGCCGAUUAUCCAGGAUAAGCCCGCGUACCCGGUGAUUCGGGACAAGAAUGGAAAACUCUGCUCGCUGCCCCCAAUUAUUAACAGCGACCAUUCGAAGAUUUCCUUGAAAACGAAGAACGUCUUCAUCGAGGUGACGGCCACCGACCUUCAGAAGGCCGUCGUCGUGCUGGACACGAUCGUGGCCAUGUUCUCACAGUACGCCAAAAAGCAGUUCACUGUCGAGCCCGUCGAGGUCAUCUACGAGUCCGACGGCCACAAGGAGGUCUAUCCGAAACUCGCCUACCGUACGCAGCGCGUCACCGUCGACCGCAUCAACAACAAAAUGGGCGUGAAUUUGGACGCACCAAAGAUUGGCGACCUGUUGACGCGGAUGGGCCUCGAGGCGAGCGUCAUCGAUGCGAACACGGUGGAAGUGACAAUCCCCCCGAAUCGCCACGACAUCCUCCACGAGUGUGACGUCGCCGAAGACGUCGGAAUCGCGUUCGGCUACAACAAUCUGGUGCCGAAAUUGCCGGAGUCCAACACCGUCGCGCAACCCUUCGAGCUGAACGCGGUCAGCGACCUGCUGCGCGCCGAGGUGGCCAUGGCCGGCUGGACGGAGGCGCUCAACUUUGCGCUGUGCUCUAGGGAUGACGUCUCAACGAAAUUGCGGGACCCGGCUGGCUUGGAUAGAGCCGUCAAAAUCUCGAAUCCCAAGACUUUCGAGUUCCAGGUGGCACGCACAACGCUGCUCCCCGGUCUUCUAAAAACGCUGGCUUCAAACCGCGACAUGGCGCUGCCGUUGAAGCUCUUCGAGUGCCAGGACACGAUCCUGAAGGACGACGAGGCGGACACCGGGGCGAAAAAUGAGCGCCGGCUCGCGGCCGUUUAUUGCAACAAAGCCGCUGGAUUUGAGAUAAUGCACGGGUUCCUGGAUCGUGUGAUGCGAUUGCUCGACGUCAACCCGGCCAAGGACGGCUCCGGCUACCACAUCGAGGCCGAAGAUGCUCCCUCCUUCUUCCCCGGGCGCUGCGCCGCCGUCUACGGGCCGAGAAAGGUGAAGAUUGGACAUGUCGGCGUGCUGCAUCCAGAGGUCCUGGCCGCGUUCGGCAUCUCCCUGCCCGUCACCGCCCUCGAAAUCAACCUCGAGCCGUUCAUC